GUGAUCUCUGGCAACACCCAAGGGCCGGCGACUAGGACGAAUCAGUGGCUUAGGAGAUCGGCGAUUCCCGUAGCCAUAUUAGCUCCGCGGUCACCAACGAGCUUGAGAGUUUUUAAAAAUAUCAACAGUUUGAAGGCAACUGCAUCAAAAGUUUGAGGCAACUGCUUGUUGAAUAUCGUCAUCACGUCAUCACCAACAACGGCAACCGAUGAGCGGAAUCGCAGCAGCCCGACUGAAGCAGGAGAGAAAAGACUGGAGGAGGGAUCCAGACAGGCCGUUCGGCUGGUGGACGAGGCUUUCGGCCAAUCCUGAUGGAUCGUCGUCGAUCAUGAAGUGGGAGUGCGGCCUUCCAGGACCGAAGAAUACCAACUGGGAGGGCGGAGAGUACCGGAUCCAUAUGGAGUUCACCGAAGACUACCCCUCAAAGCCGCCCAAGUGCAAGUUCGUGCCCCCCCUGUUUCACCCCAACGUCUACCCGUCAGGCACCAUCUGCCUCAGCAUCCUGAACGAGGGCCAGGGAUGGAGACCAAGCAUCACCAUCAAGCAGAUGCUGCAUGGGAUCUUCGAACUUCUGGACAAUCCGAACCCCGACGACCCUGCCCAAUCAGAGGCCUACCAACUGUUUGUGAACAACAAAGCGGAGUACGACAGGAGGGUGCUCAUCGAGGCCAAGAAGAAUCCCCCCGCUGCAUAGCACCGCCGCCUGCAUAUCUAUCCAUGCACAAGCUGUGGGUACCCUCAUCCUCAAGAGGGGGAGCGCGAUUGAGAUGACGGCGCUCAACAUCGAGCAAAACAAGAGCUCACAGCACAAUGUACAUGCUC